GGCCGCACCCCAGAUUCCCCCAUCAUCACUGCAACCCCCCAGCCAGGCCAGCCCCCCUUUUCAGGAGCAGCCGACACGAGAACGGACACCACGACGGCAUCACGGCGGCCAGCAGCUGGCUUCGGUGCCCACGACACCCCCCGCUUCCACCCGCCCUCGCCCAAUUCCUCCGCCCGCCGCCGCUCUUUUGCGCCCAGACAGCUCCGACGGACGCCGCCAUGGCCGUCGGAUUGGCCAAUGGCCGACACGCCGCCGAGGAGGAGGCGCGGGCCGAGGUCGACGUGCUCAACUCCCGGCUAGAGAAGACGACGCAGCUGACCAAGAAGAUCGAGGCUUGUCUGGGCAAGCUCGAGUCGACGGGCAAGAGCGUGCGUGAGGUAGUCGGCCCGCUCAACGGAGAGACCAAGAAGCUGCAGAUCCUCGGCAACAACAUUGAGAGCGUCCUCGCCGCCAUCGAGCGGCUGCGCGUGCCGGCCGACAGCAAGAAUGACGAGGAGCAGAUCAUCCGCAUGGGCCCCGAGAAGGCCGGGCUGUCCAACUACCUCAACUCCAUCAAGCGACUGAACAAGGCCCUGUCCGACAUGAAGGCCUCCAACCUGCGCUCGACGCAGCAGACCAUGGCCGACCUGCAGCGGCUGAUCAAGUCGGGCAACACGCAGCUCGAGAACCAGUUCGACCGCAUCCUCCGCACCGAGACCCCGCGCUCGCUCGAGCCCCUACUCUACAUCACCAAAGACAAGCCGUUCCCGCUGCUGUCGCAGGAAAAGGUCACGCGCCUGGGGCUCAUCUACUCGUACGUGGCUGGGGCGCAGCGGCAGGGCGCCGAGUCGCCCGUGGCCCAGAUCUACGCCGAGGUGCGCGGGCCCUACAUGGCCGAGACGCUGGUCAACCUGGCGGCCGCCAGCGUCAACACGGCCAAGAAGAAGCACCCGGACGCCGUGUACCGCGCCGGCACCAACGGCAUGGCCAUGUACGUGCAGGCCAUGGAGGGCCUGUUCCUGGCCGAGUACGAAAACAUCACGAGCAUCUUCUCGCGCGACGACUGGGGCCCGCUGUUCCAGACCACCUGCCAGGCGUCGCUGGCCGAGUUCUCGCGCACGCUGCGCGAGCUCAACGCCCACAUCAAGGCGCACCUCAACACGGACUGCUUCCUCGCCUACGAGAUCGUCGAGGUGGUCUCGAGCCUGUCGAGCCGCCUCGAGACGCGGACGGGCGAGCUCAAGAGCUCGCUGGCUGCGUCACUGAAGCCCGUGCGCGAGACGGCCAAGUCGACGCUAGCCGAGCUGCUCGAGGACACGAAGCGCCGGGUGGCGGCCAUGCAGACGCUGCCGGCUGACGGCGCGUCGUCGCCCAUCAUCGCCGAGACGAUGCAGAGGCUGCAGACCAUGGUGGAGUUCCUCCGGCCCGUCUCGAGCGUCAUGGUGUCGCUAGGGGACGGCGGCUGGAAGUCGCUGGCGGCGUCGCGGGCCGGCGGCGGCGACACGAUCCCGGCGCUGGCGUCGUUCGACGUCGGGGCGGACGGCAAGGAGAUCUUUGCCAACUACUGCGCCGAUACCAUCGACGCGCUGCUGCUGUCGCUGGACGCCAAGGCGCGAAUGCUGAUGGGCCGCAAGCCCGUGGUGGGCGUGUUUCUGGCCAACAGCAUCACCAUCAUCGAGCGCUCGAUCCGCGACUCGGACCUGGCGCCGCUGCUGGAGCAGCGCCUAGGCAUGGUGGAGCAGUGGCGCAAGAAGGCAACGGCCAUGUACACCGAGGCCUGCAAGGACGUGUCGAUGCACCUCUUUGACGUGAUCCACACCAGCCGGUCGGCGCGCCCGUCGUCGGGCCACGCCGCCGUCGACUCGGCCUCGAUCCUCAAGCAGCUGAGCUCCAAGGACAAGGAGAGCAUCAAGGCCAAGUUCACGGCCUUCAACGCCUCGUUCGACGAGAUGGUGGCGCGCCACAAGUCCUUCACCAUGGAGCGUGAGGUGCGCCAGAUGUUUGCCCGCGACAUGCAGCAGAUGCUGGAGCCGCUCUACGUCCGCUUCUGGGACCGCUACCACGAGGUCGACAAGGGCAAGGGCAAGUACGUCAAGUAUGACAAGGUCACUAUUGCCACCACCUUUGGUAGUCUGUACUAGCCGGCGGGCCCCCCGCCGGAUCGACGGCCUGCCGUCCCAAAACAGUAAACGGUUCAGCCAGCGUCUCAUUGCUGCGUGCAUACUUUAAUCCAACCAAACAACCAACUACCUAUCCAUCCAUCCAUCCAUCCCAUCCAUCCAUCCAUCCAUCCAUCACAACCACCACCGCCUAUCCCCAACACUAGUGUGGCCUCCAAGACAGCCGGUCCUGCGCACGUCCCUCGGUUCAACAAGGCGCUGUUACUGCCAGGGCCUGCUGGGUCUGCCAAGCCUGGUCCGGUCUUGUCACAUCUCACUUUUCCUUUCUGCCAGCCUCCUCUUUUGGCAAGACGCUGUUCCAACCCACGCCGGCGGUGACCCAUAUCAGUUCGUGGGGGUCCAACGCUCGGCAACCGAUCCCUCCCUUGACUACCGAUGGUCACCGACCACCCGUCAACCGAUGAAUCGGCCUGAUGUAGAAGACGGAUAUUAUUGCCAUCUGUUGAUCUCUUUUCUUUUAUUCUUAUUUUUUGUUCACUCUCCCCAUCCCCUCCUUACGGGAGGGAACCGGAUUGUCACUGGGUUCAAGGGUCAUGAUACCACAUAUACAGUCUACUACACGGCGUUUCCGGCGUCCUUGCUUCAGCAGAAAGAAAGAUAUAUACUUGCAGACAUCACCCAUUUGUACUGGGUGGCCGGCCGGCACGCGGGGUUUCGGCCGGCCACAACGCCCUUUGAGGCCGGGGGGAGGAUUCAUGCCUGCCGUCGUAGACAUGCCUGCCGUUGUGGAACCGACCUACGCACCCCGAAAGCCUGCCUUGGGGGACUUUUUAGAAAUCAAACCAACAAAAUUUCCCUCCAGGGUGCAAAGCCAGAGGAUCUGC